UUUAUACUUUUAACUUUUCAGAUGCCACCCUCCUCACAAUGUCAAAGAAUAGUUCUGUUAGCCUGCGGAUCCUUCAAUCCUCCAACGAUUAUGCAUCUAAGGAUGUUUGAGUUGGCACGGGAUUAUUUCCGUAAAGAAUAUCCUACCUCUAUUGUUGUUGGAGGAGUUAUCUCUCCAACUCAUGACUCCUAUCAGAAGAAGAGUUUGAUCCACUCCUCCCAUAGGUUGGAGAUGUCCCGGAGAUCAACUAUUUGCAGUUCCUGGAUUAAGGUUUCAGACUGGGAAGCCAGGCAGAAUGAAUGGACCAGGACAAGAAUGGUAAUGGAUAAUUACUCCGACAUUGUCCAAACCUCAUCCGUAGAUUGGCUUCCAACACCCGGAUCCUCAGACCAAGGUCCUAUAAUCUUGAAGUUGUUGUGUGGAGCUGAUCUCCUGGAGAGUUUUAGUGUACCUGGACUAUGGAAAACUGAUGAUAUUCUCCGAAUAGUUCAGGACUACGGUAUUGUCGUCAUUACUAGAGAAGGUUCUAAUCCAGAGGAAUAUAUUCAGAACUCGUCUACGCUCCGGGAACUGGCAGAACAUAUUCAUAUCGUCCAAGAUUGGAUUUCAAAUGACGUGAGUUCAACAAAAAUACGUGAAGCUGUCGGUCGCGGAGAUUCAAUAAAAUAUCUUGUUCCUGAUCCUGUUAUACAAUACAUCCAGGAGCAGAACCUGUACCUCUAGUCCGCACAAUACAUUCUUGUAGUCAUUUGUCUUAUAUGUAAUAUAUUUAGUUGUAGAGAUAAUUAAAAUCUCUUGCAGAGUAUUAUUGUUAUUGUAAUAUUAGAAAACACUAUGCACACUGUGAUAUUUCAGA